AUGGCGGUCGAACAACAACACCUUGUCGAUCUGACCGCUCUGGUUCUCAACAACCUCAAGGACCAGCACGAUUGGACAGAUGCCCAGGUCCACGAUGAUGGCCAACCCCGGCCACGACCGAUGAUCACUGGUCUCCCUCCGAAGAGGUUAUACAUGCAUCCUGACGAGCAAAUCGAGGCUUUGGAACUCGAACAAUCCACGGGCAAACGUCUCAGCCAAACGCCCGAAUUUGAAUGGGUUCUCCCAGUGCACUUGAGCGAGCAAUGGACAUUAUCAACUUUCGCCGCUGUCUUCGAUUGCAUCGAAGCUCUGCCUCGCAAAUCAAGGGUGUCUCAAACUCCAGAUACGCUUUUGAGUCGCGACUGGCGGGGCGCAGAUCGCCAGAAGAGACUGUUGCUAGCCGUUGUUCACGAUGAUUCGACCGUCUCCUACUAUCUCGUGCACGAGGGCAUUGUGAAGCCGAGACAGAACUAA